UUGUUUUUGUUUUUGUUUUUGUUUUGUUUUUUGUUUUUGAAUUAAAACAUUCCCUCUGGGAAACAUUGGAAGGAGGAACUGUUGAAAAGUCUUCAGAAGUUCAUGUCACAGAAAUCUGUCCUUGUCCGUAUUGAGCGGGCUAAUGCCAACGAGAGGAUAUGAGCUUUUAGUCUGGUCAGGUAAAACUGUCCGAAACGGGGGCCGGCUUCAAAUAUUGUGCAUGUGGGCGUGGUAAGUACCGCGGUGCCCCUUCACCGGGCCUUCCCAUAAUGCCCUACGGUGUGAAUAACCAAAACCAAUAUGGCGGCAGAUGUUAUGUUCACGAGUCGAUCAUAAUAAAGAAGAAAACAAUCUCAAACAACUCAUCUGUUGGCACACACGUGAAAAUGGAGAACGACGAUAUCAAGGAAGGUUUUAUUUGUCCAAUGUGCAUGAAGGAUUUGGGAAAUGCUUCAGUUUUGCAAAAGCAUUUUGAGGAGGUUCAUUCGGACGACAAAGACACUCUACGUCAAAUACGUGGGAUGUUUGGGAAGGCUAAGAGAAAGAUUAUGGAUAAAAUCGAGAGUUCUGAGACAGAUGGUGCAAUCGGUGAGACUGUAGACGGUGCUCUUGAAGGACCUGUAAACAGAGGAGUGGAUCCUUUUCUUUGGGACAGUCAAGAUUUUGGGGUGUCAAGGAGCAGAUUUAGAGAAUUCAGGGAUAGGAGAGAUGCAGAAAUUGAUAGAUUUGUUGUUGAAACCAAUAAGAUCCUGAUAAGACUGGAAAAGGUACAUGAAUGUUACUGUGCAUGUGUAGUGCCAUAUCACUGGAGUUUAUAUUUAAAGGGUUUUCACUACAAUGAUUCAAAAUGUUUUGCAGCUCUAGAGAGAAGUCUGGUUCCAUGGAUAGCAGAUAGUGAAGUGAAGUUUUGUCCAAUUUGUAAAAAGCAGUUUAAUGUCGCUCGGCGUAGGCACCAUUGCAGACUGUGUGGAGGAAUAAUGUGUGCAAAGUGCUCUGCAUUUGUGUCAGUUUCUUUUUCAAUAACUCUGCUAAACCUGGACAAGGCUGGCUCACACAGUCUUCCUAAGCACUCAAAAGGUCGUUCAAAAGAUGAUUCUGAUGAGGCUGGGAUUCGUGCAUGUCAGGCCUGCAUGGAUUGUUUAGAAAGAUAUGAUAGACAAGAAAAAGAAAAGAAAACCAAGCCUGCAGUUGUUCAGCUGUAUGAGAAAAUGAAGAGCUGUAUGGCGGAGGCAGAAUCUUUACAACCUGUUUACACCAAAAUGGCUGAUUCAAUUAAUUUAGGUGAUAUCCAGUAUGAUUUAGAAGAAGCUGCCAGUGUCCGUGCUAAAUUAGUGAAGAUGUAUGAAUCAGUUGACAUUAUAAGUAAAAAGAUAGCAGCAUUAGGCACUCAGGCUGAUAAACAACCAAGUCCUCACACAUUAAAACUACAGAAAGGCAUCAGGGCUUAUGCUACGGGAUACCUGCAGGAGAACAUGUUCACUCUUCCAAAUUUACCACCAGUUGACAAAAUUAACAAACUUCAAGAAGAAAGAGCAAAAUCGCUGGCUAGGAAAGCAGCUGAGGAGAAGGCACAAAGAGAAAGAGCCAUGCAAGAUAGACUACAAGCUGCAAAACAACAGCAACAACAGCAACAACAACAACAAAGACACGGAAGUAGAGAUUUGAACAGAAAUGAGCCUUCAGGCAAAGCAAAGACUUCUCAGCAGAUUCCAGAGUCUGUUGUAGGAAAUGGUUGGGGCCCAGUCCCUAUUUCACAAGGCUCUUCCCCAGACCCCAUGCUACAGCAAAUAGACAUUAUUAAAAGUUAUAUAACACAAGCCAAACAGCAGAGAAAGUUUGAUGAAGUUGAGAUGCUUGAAAGAAACUUAAUGGAACUUGAAGAAGAAUACAUGAGGCAGCAUCAGGGAAGAUAGCAAAAUAGCUGAACUGUUAAUAGUUUCUUUUUUUUCCAUACAAUCAUUAUUUUUAUAAGUGAUGGACCAAAGUGUUUUAUACUACCACAGGUAAAUAGUAUUUUUUAACUGAACUUGAUAAUAUCCCAAAAGGACAUUCAAUUUUUUUUAUCCCUAAUAACAACUUCAUUGCAUAUUCUAAAAAGUUCAUAAUAUAAUAAUUAUUAAUAUUCUUUUUUACUUUCACUGAAAAUAAUCGUUUGGUUUCUCCAUUGAAUGAUUGAAAAAAGAAAAAGAAAAACACACACACAGUGUUGGCUAAUUUUUGCAGUUACAUUUGGAGCCUAAUGAAUUUGAGAAAAUACAAAUUUUUGACAUGCUUGUAUCUGGAAA